UCAGAGGGAGAAGCAGACUCCCUGCCGAGCAGGGAGCCCGAUGCGGGACUCGAUCCCGGGACUCCAGGAUCAUGACCUGAGCCGAAGGCAGUCGCUUAACCGACUGAGCCACCCAGGCGCCCAAUUUUCCUGUUUUUGAUGAUGUGAAAAAUUAAUGUUCAGGGUUAUGGAAAUGUUUAAUGAUGAACCCAUAUGGUUGACUAUUAUGCAGCUGAUAAGAUUAUGUUUAUACAGGGGUAUCUGGGUGGCUCAGUCGGUUAAGCGUCCCACUCUUGGUUUUGGCUCAUUAUCUGGGGGUGGUAAGAUGGAGCCCCUAGUACAGCUCCCGACUCAGGGGGGAGUCAGUUUGGGAUUCUUUUCUUCUCCCUCUGGCCCUCCCCCAUUCAUGCACAUGCUCUUUCUCUCUAAAAUAAAUCUUUAAAAAAAAAAGAUUAUGUUUAUAGAGUUAGACUUAAGAAGAAAAUGUACACUCUAUAAUGUUAAGCAAUAUUCAUAUUUAUCAACAGUAAUACCCUGGAAAAUUUUAAAUUAAAUAUGAAUCCCACUUAAGAAGGUAUUACUGUGAGAAGUUUUCCAAGGAGUGCAUCAUAAAUAUUUUAACUGUUUAUUGAGGAAGGGUAGUGGUGUAGCUACAUUUAUCAAGCAUCUAUUGUCUAUCAAACACUCUUCUACCUUUAUUACAUUCUAUGAUGCAAUCUGCAAGUGCCACUUACCUGUAUUGUGUUCAUUUUCAGUAGAAUCUUAGUAAUGAAAGUGUUGGGGAGAUAUAACCAAAGGAUAUCCAAGGACUAGGUGUAAUUUGUUUCCCUUGUAAUAAUUGCCCAUGUCAUGCGUAGAGUUCAGGUUUCAUAAAUACAAGAAUGAACAACCUGUUCCUGUUUUUUCUCUAUGAUUUUUUAAAAAGAUUUUAUUUAUUUAUUGAGAGAGUGCGUGCACGAGCAUGAGUGAGGUAGGGGAUGGGCAGAGGGCAAGGGAGAGAGAAUCUCAAGCAGACUCCGAACUGAGGGCAGAGCCCUACCCAGGGCUUGAUCUCACGACUUGAGAUCACGACCUGAGCUGAAAUCAAGACUCGGUUGCUCAACUGACUGAGCUGCUCUCUGUGACAUUUUAACAUUAGUCAUAUGUUGAAAUGUCUUUGAAAUAUUUUGAAAUACCUUAUAUUCUGGUGAUGGCAUUAAUGAAGGCUUGUUGUAAAACAUGCAGUAUCCUAAGGAACUUCUGAUAAAGAAAUAUAAACUACUCUCAUUCCCAUCACCCAGAGUUAUGCUAUUAAUAUUUUUUCCAUUUAGUAUAUAUGUAUUGUUUUGUUUUGAAGAGUAUGAUCACAUUAAGUGUAAGAGUCAAACCAUAAAGAAAUAAGAAUCUGAGUUUACAAAAAGAGUCCAUGAGUUUUAUUAUUUUUUUAAAAAAAGAUUUUAUUUAUUUAUUUGACAGAGAGAGAGAGCACAAGCAGGAGGAGUGGCAGGCAGAGGCAGAGGGAGAAGCAGGCUCCCGGCAGAGCAGGGAGCCCAACGUGGGACUCGAUCCCAGGACCCUGGGAUCAUGACCUGAGCCAAAGGCAGUGGCUUAACCAACUGAGCCAACCAGGCGCCCAGUCCAUGAGUUUUAUUAUAUGUGCAUUUCUGGAUUCUCUUGUUUUUCUCCAGUAGAGAAACCCCAAGGAAGACUGAUCAGUUUUUGCAGAUAGCAAACCAUGACAUAUAGUGACUGUGCCAGCUUGCAUACCCACUUUUGAAUUAUACUGAUGAUAUUACUCAAGGAUUGUCCAAGAAAUGCUCUGGAUUCUCUGGAAUUUGAAUUGUUUUCAAUGGAGGAACACCAAGGAGCACUGAUCAGGUCUUAUAUUUCUAAAACCAUGACCUGUUUUCAGGAAUUAGUGACAUUCAGGGAUGUGGCCAUAGACUUCUCUCGGCAGGAGUGGGAAUACCUGGACCCUAUUCAGAGGGACUUGUACAGGGAUGUGAUGUUGGAGAACUAUAGAAACUUGGUCUCAUUGGCAGGACAUUCCAUUUCUAAGCCAGAUGUGGUUGACUUAUUGGAGCAAGGAAAAGAGCCCUGGAUGAUUUUGAGGGAAGAAACACAAAGACAGUACACAGAUUUGGAUUUACAUUGUGAGGUAAUCAGCUAUGUAGAAAUGCCCACUUAUGAGAAAGAUAUAUCUUCUACACAACAUCAGAGCACAUACAACAGCGAGAAACUCUAUGAAUGUAAGAAAUGUCAGAAGAAAUUUAGUAGUGGCUAUCAAUUUAUUCUACAUCACAGGUUUCAUAUUGGUGGAAGACCCUAUGAAUGCAAGGACUGUGGGAAGAACUUUCGUAGUGGCUAUCAACUUACCCUACAUCAGAGAUUUCAUACUGGUGAGAAACCCUAUGAAUGUACAGAAUGCGGGAAGAACUUUAAAAGUGGUUAUCAACUUACUGUACAUCAGAGAUUUCACACUGGUGAGAAAACCUAUGAAUGUAGGGAAUGUGGGAAGGCCUUUAUUUAUGCCUCACACAUUGUUCAGCAUGAGAGAAUCCACACUGGAGGGAGGCCUUAUGAAUGUCAGGAAUGUGGGAAGGCCUUUAGUCAAGGUGGACACCUUAGAAUUCAUCAAAGAAUUCAUACCGGUGAGAAACCCUAUAAAUGUCAAGAAUGUGGGAAGGCUUUUAGUAGGCGCUCAAACCUUGUUGAACAUGGGCAAAUCCAUACCGAUGAGAAACCUUAUGUAUGUGAGAAAUGUGGGAAGGCCUUUAAAAGAGGUCAUCAGCUUACUGUACAUCAGAGUGUUCAUACUGGUAAAAAACCAUAUGAAUGUAAAGAAUGUGGGAAGGGCUAUACCACUGCCUCAUACCUUAUUCUACAUCAGAGAAUUCAUAAAGGCGGGAAACCAUAUGAAUGUAAGGAAUGUAAGAAAACCUUUACCUUGUAUAGAAAUCUUACUCGACAUCAGCGUAUUCACACUGGUGAGAAACUUUUUGAAUGUAGGCAGUGUGGGAAGGCCUAUAGUACUGCCUCAAAACUUUUUCAACAUCAGAAAACUCACACUGGUGAGAAGCCCCAUGAAUGUAAGGAAUGUGGAAAGGCUUUUAGCUUAUAUGGAUACCUUCAUCAACAUCAGAAAAUUCAUACUGGUGUGAAACACUUUGAAUGUAAGGAGUGUAAAAAAACCUUUACUUUAUAUAGAAAUCUUACUCGACAUCAGAGUAUUCAUACUGGUAAGAAACUUUUUGAAUGUCAAGAAUGUGGGAAGGCCUAUAGUACCGCCUCAAAUCUUGUUCAACAUCAGAAAACUCAUAGUGGUGAGAAACCCUAUGAAUGUAAAGAGUGUGGAAAGACCUUUAGCUUGCAUGGAUAUCUUAGUCAACAUCAGAAAAUCCAUACUGGUGUGAAACCCUAUGAGUGUAAGAUAUGUAGGAAAACCUUUACUUUCUAUAGAAACCUUACCCUACACCAGAGUAUUCAUACUGACGAGAAACCUUUUAAAUGUAAGGAAUGUGGGAAGACCUUUAGACGUAGUUCACACCUUACCGCACAUCAGAGUAUUCAUGCUGAUAAGAAACCCUAUGAAUGUAAGAAAUGUGGGAAGUCCUUUAAAAUGUAUGGAUAUCUUACACAACAUCAGAAAAUUCAUACUGGUGGGAAACCCUAUGACUGUAAGGAAUGUGGGAAGGCCUUUAGUCGUGCUUCAAACCUUGUUCAACAUGAGAGAAUUCAUACUGGUGAAAAACCCUAUGUGUGUAAAAAGUGUGGGAAAGCCUUCAGAUAUGGUUCAGCCCUUAAAGUACAUCAGGGAAUGCAUUCUAAGAACAUAGGAAUGUGACAAUGCCUUUAGGCAUGGCCCAGACUUUUUUAACAUCAGGCAGUUCACACUGGUGAGAAAUUGAAUAUUAGUCUUUAUACGUAUGUCUUCACCAGGUGAGAGAAUUCAUAAUGUAGUUCUUAUCACUUUAUGAAGAUGUCAGUGUCACUCCCCUUUUAAUGGAAUGUUUGACUUUAAACAAUAGCAAAUUAAACCCUGAAUAGCCAAAGCAAUCUUGAAAAAGAAGAAUAAAACUGGAAGUAUCAUGAUCCCAGACUUCAAGAUAUACUACAAAGCUGUAGUAAUCAAAACAGUGUGGUACUGGCAUAAAAA